AUGGCACAUGAGAAGAAGUCUGAACAAAAGUGGAAAAAGGUGGAUUCACAGUGCAUUUCCUUGUCUCAUGGGAUAUUAUUAAAAGUCAUUGAGUUGGGUAACUUCACUUCUCUUCAAACACUUGAUUUGUCUUCAAAUUCUCUUUCUGGCUCCAUCCCUUCAGAGCUGGGUCAGCUUCAAAAUCUAAGAAUAUUGCAACUAUACUCAAAUGAUCUCUCUGAGAACAUUCCUUCAGAGAUAGGUAGCUUGAGGAAGUUGCAAGUUCUUAGAAUAGGAGACAACAUGCUGACAGGUGAAAUUCCACCUAGUGUUGCCAACAUGAGUGAAUUGAAAGUGUUGGCUCUAGGAUACUGCCACUUAAAUGGAAGCAUACCCUUUGGAAUUGGUAGCAUUCCAAGUAACUUCUGCCUCAGAGAUUCAAAGCUUCAGCAACUUUUCUUGGCUAGAAACAUGCUCUUUGGCAAGUUUCCCUUGGAGCUACUCAACUGCUCCUCAAUCAAACAGUUGGACCUUUCUGAUAACAGCUUUGAAGGAAAACUUCCUUCCAUCUUGGACAAACUACAAAACCUCAUAGAUCUUGUGCUCAACAACAACAACUUUGUUGGACAACCACGUAACAUUGGAACUGCGGAAUUUGAUAUCCCUGAAGCUUCUGACGGUAGGACAAAGAAGAAAGCACUUCAGACUGUCGGCGAGCGGUGGAGACAAUUUAAAUCUGAUUUGAUGAGGAAAUGGGCACUUGCAGUCGACAAGGACAGUGUGGACGACACUGUUUGUGAAAAAUACGACAUUAACAAGGAGAAAUGGGUCCAGUUUUGUCAGACCCGCAGAGACCCCUCGUGGGAGGAUGUGCGGAAAAAGGCACAAGCCAUCCAUAAGCAAAACACCGCCCCCCACAUGUUGUCUCGUGCGGGUUAUGAAUAUUUAGAACAAAAGCUGAUGGCUGAGAACACAAAGAAAAAACUGGGGGAAGUUGCUUAG